AUGAACGUUGAUCAUCAAUAUCAACAUCCACAACAACAUCAACCUCCUCCACCAAAUUAUCAACAACAAAAUACACAACCACCUUUUUCACAACCACAACCUUAUCCUCCUCAACACCAACAACAAGCUCCAUAUCAACAACCUCAUCCAAAUCAAGUUCAAGGUCAGCCACCAGUGCCGCAACCUCAUCCUCAACAACAACAGCAACAGCAACAAGCACCAACACAACAGCAGCAACAGCAACAACAGCCACCACAAAGACAAGUUUCUUUCAAUGUAUCUGAUCAUUAUCAAAUCCUAGAAAUAGUAGGAGAAGGAGCAUAUGGAGUAGUAUGUUCUGCGAUCCAUAAACCAUCAAAUCAAAAAGUAGCAAUUAAAAAAAUAGAACCAUUUGAAAGAUCAAUGUUAUGUUUAAGAACAUUAAGAGAAUUAAAAUUAUUAAAACAUUUUAAUCAUGAAAAUAUUAUAUCAAUAUUAGCAAUACAAAGACCACAAUCAUUUGAAACUUUCAAUGAAAUAUAUUUAAUUCAAGAAUUAAUGGAAACUGAUUUACAUCGAGUUAUUAGAACUCAAACAUUAACUGAUGAUCAUAUACAAUAUUUUAUUUAUCAAACUUUAAGAGCUUUAAAAACUAUGCAUUCUGCUAAUAUUUUACAUAGAGAUUUAAAACCACUGAACUUAUUAUUAAAUUCAAAUUGUGAUUUAAAAAUUUGUGAUUUUGGAUUAGCUAGAAGUAUUGCUUCACUGGAAGAUAAUUUUGGAUUUAUGACUGAAUAUGUUGCAACUAGAUGGUAUAGAGCCCCUGAAAUUAUGUUAACUUUCCAAGAAUAUACUACUGCAAUUGAUGUUUGGUCUGUAGGAUGUAUUUUAGCAGAAAUGUUACUGGGAAAACCAUUAUUUCCUGGUAGAGAUUAUCAUAAUCAAUUAUGGUUAAUUAUGGAAGUUUUAGGAACACCAAAUAUGGAAGAUUAUUAUCAAAUUAAAUCAAAAAGAGCAAGAGAAUAUAUUAGAUCAUUACCAUUUUGUAAAAAAAUUCCAUUUCAAGAAAUUUUUAAUAAGAAUUUACCCUCACCAAAAGAAAUUAAUCCAUUAGCUUUAGACUUGUUGGAAAAUUUAUUAAUUUUUAAUCCAACAAAAAGAAUAACAGUUGAAAAUGCUUUAAAUCAUCCUUAUUUAAAAUUAUAUCAUGAUCCAAAUGAUGAACCCGUAAGUGAAAAAAUUCCAAAUGAUUUUUUUGAUUUUGAUAAAAGAAAAGAUGAUUUAUCUAUUGAAGAAUUGAAAACAAUGUUAUAUAAUGAAAUAAUGAAACCACUUUAG